AUGCUAACAGCUCAAACUCAACAACGUAAGCACGUGACUCAAGCGUGUGAUAAUUGUCGAGAUAAUAAGAAAAAGAAAAAAUGUUCCGGUGAGUUACCUUGCGAAACAUGCUCACGCAAGGGACAUACAUGCUCAUAUUUAAAGCCUUCCUUGAAGCGCGGUCGAAAACCUAAAACUCAUCAAUUUGGUUAUGAUGAUUCCAAUAACGUAUCUAAUUUUGGUAAUGACUAUAACGCUAUGCAAACCAGUUCCUUCCAUAAUACCGAUUGUAGUGAUGCCUAUCUUUUAAGUUAUGAAACAUCAUUUGAAAAUAAUCCUUGUCAUUUAAUUGAUGGAAUGCUAGAUAUUAGCUUUAGAAAAUUUAAUGAUCAAUGUGAUGUAUCUAAUGAAUUAGAAUUUUUUACUAAUGGAAUGCUAGGUAUUAGCUUUAGUAAAUCUAAUGAUCAAUAUGAUGUAUUUAAUGAAUUAGAUUUGUUUACUGAUGGAGCACCAAGUAAAAGUCCAAAUAACAAUGAUUAA